AUGCCUGGAACGAAUCGCAGCCGGAGGCCGGGAGAAGGAUUGCACUCCAGCGUUUUUCUUUGGGCUGCAAAUCGCGUUCUCCAGGAGAAGAGGCUGCGCCGAGGAGACCGCCUGGUUGCCAUCGAUGGGCAAUACCUCAAAGGCAGAGCGCGCGAGGAGAUGAUCGAGGCCUUGAAGCAGAAGAAGGGACAGGUGCCAGUGCUAGAGCUGCAGAAAUGUUGGUGGAUCCGCUUGAAAGAGCCGUUUGGUCGGCUCGGGAGCCAAGUUUUAGGCUCGGGCGGGGCUUGGGGCGCCAUGGCGCACAAGUCCAACCCCUACAAGAAGGCCGGCAAGUGGAAGUGCACGUCUGGUGACAUCAUCUUGCUGUCCCUCUUUCAUUCCCAGCAGUGCCAGCUGGCGCUAGGCACGCUCGAAGUUCCGCUGGAAGUGGAAGAAGAAGCGCACGCGCCGCUUGCAGAAGAAGCGCCGAAAGAUGCGCCAGCGCUCGAAGUGAGGAGGCCCGUCGUGCACAGCAUCUCGAACUGGAGGUGCUUGCAGCCUGCGCAGAUGGAACGACAGAGCAGUGAGAUCGCGGUAUCUGAUAUCACAAUGGACAUGCUGCUGGAUUCGGGAUUCAGGUCGGGUCUCUUUCACGCCUUCGAGUGUGCGGCUGCGGCCCUGGUGAAUCAGCAGGAACAUCCGACACAAAAGCCAAAGGGCACAAAGCAGAGCCAGCAGAGCCAGUCCGGUCGCUUGCUCGUCAUGUACUUCUCCUCUGCAAGGUUUCGCAGCGCCAUCUGGAUCCACAAGGUGCUGUCCAUCCGUCAGGGUCCGCGCGUGGCCUCCAUGAAUGCAGCGGUUGGCGCUUUCUGCGUGGCCCUCGUUGAUGUGGUGUCAGGCGUGGGAUGGCCCAAGCGGCCCAAGCUUGAAUCAAUGCCGCUCUUCGCGCGGCGCGUUGGCUUCCGAGCUUCCGGCUCUGGCGGUUCCGGCGAGAGCUGCCUGGUGCUGGCCAAGCACGGCUCAGCGCUGCAGAGUUCCGGAGGUGGAAGGUGGAGUGUGUUUGCUCCAAGCGAAAGCGACGAAAGAAGCGCAGUUUCAGAGCCUCCGCCGGGUGACUGCGCAGACCUGAGAUGUCCUCCUUCGGCCAUUGAGCCUACAUGCAUAGAUGAUCUGGAAGCAGCGAUCUGUGGAGGCGGCAUGGUUAGCGACAACAUGCGACAACUGUGUCUGUGCCUGUGGACCUCGGAACUUGGUCGCCGCUCGCUGGAGGUCGUGGCUAUGGCUCGCUAUGGCUCGCUGGUGCUUUGGGACGGUCUGGCCGAGCUCUGUUGGUCGCGCCACGGGGAGAUCCUGGCCUCUCUGAAGAAGAUGCCUGCCAAGGAGUUGAAGAAGAUGAUGAAGCUCAGUGAUGAGCUAGCCAAGCAGACUGCAGAGAGGUUUGCCAAAUUUAAAGCGCAGCCGAGCAAGGCUGCGUGCCUGGCCUUUGAUGGCCCCGCCUUUCGUGGCUUUGCGGCCAAGAGCUUCUCGAAGGCAGACGAGAAGCAAGCACAGGCAAGUGUUCGCAUCUUGUGUGCGCUCUAUGGGGUCUUGAAGCCUUACGAUCUGAUCAGGCCAUACCGCCUGGAGAUGACUUCGAAGCUGCGAGGCAAGACGAUGUACGAUGUCUGGGGUGACACCAUCACUGAUGCCCUUGCAAAGGAGCUCAAGUUGAGCAAGGCCAAAUUCUUGGUGAACUGUGCCUCUCAGGAGUUCUGGAAGGCAGUUCGACCCAAGAAGCUACCAUCAAGCGUGCAAGUGGUUAGCUGUGAAUUCUCCGGGCCGUCCAGCUUGGUCAAGCAGGCGCGCGGUGCCAUGUGCAAGUACAUCGUUCAAAAGCGUGUGAAAACUCCGGCCGACUUGAAGAAGUUCACAGGAGACGCGAAGAACAGGUUUGCUUUCAACGCUGCAAAGUCCAGCAACAGCAAGCUCGUGUUCACGCGUGGAGGCGCAGCCAAGAGGAAAUCCGUUGAGGCACUGUGGCCGAAGAAGCGCAGGCGGACGUGA